UGGGAUUUGCGGCGGGCACCGAACCUUCCAGUUGACAAGAUGAGCCAAGUCCAGCACGAGACCAGCGUGACGUCGUCCUUGAAGAAGUCUCUCGCGGCUUCCUCCGGCGCCAUGAUGACCUCGCUCUUUGUGACGCCUCUGGACGUCGCCAAGGUGCGCCUCCAGGCACAGACGCAGACGUCGGCCUUCUCGACGACCGCGUCGUGCAAGACCAAGACGUCAUGCUUGUCCAAGUGCGUCCAGCACGCGCCGCGCAUCACGCCGUGCCGGUCGAUGCGCAACCCGCUUUUGGCCGCGGCGCCGAAAGCCCCGUGCAAGUUUCGCCAGAUGACCGUGCACUGCGUCCAGGCCAACUGCCACUCGUCGCACUUGCCAUUGAACGGCACGGUCGAUGCGCUGCGCCACAUCUUUCGCACCGAAGGCGCGCGCGGCCUCUUUGCCGGAUUGCCGCCGACGCUCAUGCUCUCGGUGCCCUCGACGGUCCUCUACUAUACGUCGUACGACCACCUCGUGCACGAAGGCGCGCAGAAGUUCCCCGAAGUCGCGUUUCUGAUGCCGCUACUCGCCGGCUCGAGCGCACGCAUCGUGGCCGCGACCAUUGUGUCGCCGCUCGAGCUCGUUCGCACGCGCAUGCAGGGCCACGGCACCAAGCUGCAGACGACGUCGCCCGGCGGCGUCCUCUCGACGCUCACCGGCGCCAUCAAGCAGAACGGCGUCCGGUCGCUUUACCGCGGCCUCAGCGCCACCCUCGCGCGCGACGUGCCUUUUAGCGCCAUCUACUGGACGUGUUUUGAGCAGUUCCGGAAGGCGCUCGAAGUGCGGUUUCCCGAGACGACCAAGAUCCAACAGUCGUUUUGCGCGGGGGCCAUGGCCGGCGCGAUCGCGGCGACGAUCACGACGCCCUUUGACGUGGUCAAGACGCUGCAGCAGGUCGACGGCAGCCUGAACCUUUCGACGACGCAAGUGCUGCGUCGGCUCGUGCGGACCCAAGGCCCGGCGGCAGUCAUGACGGGGCUCAGCGCGCGCCUGGCCAAGAUCGUGCCGUCGUGUGCCAUCAUGAUUUCGAGCUACGAGGUCGGGAAGCGGUACCUCGGCCUUGAAAACUGAGCGUUUCGUGUAGUUUAAUCGUCAACUAAUUAUCUUAUUCUGUUUCAAA